AUGACCCAUGAGAGUUUGGGUAUAACAUUGGGAGUUGGUUAUAAACAAAUAAUUGGUUAUAAAUCUGAUGAUGGGAGAAAAAUCAAUCAAAUUUCACAAGGCGCCAAGUUUAAUAAAAUGCGGGACCAUACAUUAGUUUUAGCGGUCAUCAUAGCGUUCUGUAAUGUCAGCAGCAUACUAGGUCGAAUAGCUUUCGAAAAAUUAACAGAUUUCGAUUUCACGGGCAGCACAUACUAUUCUGUUAAAAAUCUUUCAUUAUACGAAUGUCAAGGAUGGUGUCGUGAAGAACAAGAGUGCCAAGCUGCUGCUUUCAGCUUUGUCGUAAAUCCAUUGACACCUGUGCAAGAAACACUAUGUCAGCUGCAAAACGACACGAGCGCGAACAACCCGAACGUGGCGCCUCAACGCAGCGUCAACAUGUACUACAUGGUAAAGCUGCAGAUGCGAUCAGAGAACGUAUGUCUCAGGCCCUGGGCGUUCGAACGCGUGCCCAACAAGAUCAUACGCGGCUUGGACAACGCGCUCAUCUAUACAUCCACGAAGGAGGCUUGUCUGGCUGCCUGCUUGAACGAGAAACGCUUUGCUUGUCGAUCAGUGGAAUAUGAUUAUAACAACAUGAAAUGUGUUUUGAGUGACUCUGACCGUCGUACCACAGGACAAUUUGUUCAGUUGGUGGAUGCCCAAGGAACUGAUUACUUCGAGAAUCUGUGCCUAAAAACUAGUCAGGCAUGUAAAGCCAAUCGUGUCUUCUCCAUUCCAAGGAUUGGUGUUGCGGAUGAUAAAGUGGCCCAAUAUGCAGGACUCCACUAUUAUACUGAUAAGGAAUUGCAAGUAACAAGUGAGCCCGCGUGUCGUCUGGCUUGCGAAAUCGAAUCAGAAUUCCUGUGUCGUUCUUUCUUAUACCUUGGCACACCUCUGGGUUCGCAAUAUAACUGCCGUUUGUACCAUUUGGAUCACAAGACCUUGCCAGAUGGCCCCUCAACAUACCUUAACGCCGAAAGACCUUUACUCGACAAUGGCGAACCUACUGGAACAUACUUCGAGAACUUUUGCGAGAAACCGAAUCCAAGUGCCCCAACCCCCGACCACACUUUGCCCGUUGUCUUCGAUGCAACCGAAGAUCCUUCAAUCAACAAUUUGACGAGAGCCGAUGUAAAUUGCGAUAAGACUGGAACUUGUUACGACGUGUCUGUAAACUGCAAAGAUACUCGCAUAGCAGUCCAAGUACGUACCAAUAAACCAUUCAACGGCAGAAUUUAUGCUCUUGGCAGAUCAGAAACAUGCAACAUUGAUGUCAUAAACAGCGAUCUCUUCCGAUUGGACCUGACCAUGGCCGGACAAGAUUGUAACACUCAAUCAGUGACUGGCAUCUACUCGAAUACAGUGGUUCUACAACAUCACAGUGUGGUCAUGACGAAAGCUGACAAAAUCUACAAAGUCAAAUGUACAUACGAUAUGAGCUCCAAGAACAUCACAUUCGGAAUGAGCCCAAUUCGCGACCCAGAAAUGAUCAGCAUCACAUCUGCACCCGAAGCCCCACCACCAAGGAUCCGCAUUUUGGAUUCACGAGCCCGAGAAGUGGAGACUGUCAGAAUUGGAGACAAACUCACUUUCAGGAUUGAAAUUCCAGAAGACACGCCUUAUGGUAUCUUUGCUCGCAGCUGCGUUGCUAUGGCUAAGGAUUCAAAAAGCACUUUCCAAAUCAUUGAUGAUGAAGGUUGUCCUGUUGACCCAACAAUAUUCCCCGCAUUCAGCCCAGAUGGUAAUGCUUUGCAAUCGGUUUACGAAGCUUUCAGGUUCACGGAAUCAUAUGGUGUCAUCUUCCAAUGUAACGUCAAAUACUGCCUGGGACCAUGUGAACCGGCCGUUUGUGAGUGGGGACGUGAUUCUGUUGAGUCCUGGGGUAGAAGGCGUCGUUCUCUGAACUCCAAUGAAACGCAAAACGAAGAAGAAAUGAACAUUUCACAAGAAAUCUUAGUUUUAGAUUUCGGCGAUGAGAAAGCCAGCGACUAUUUGAGAAGCGAUCCUUCAAGUGCGGACUUCGGACGAGACAAAACAGUGACAAUUGUCGAGCCCUGCCCAACGAAAACUUCAGUCUUAGCAUUGGGAGUCACAUGUGCCUUAUUAAUUCUGAUCUACAUCUCAACAAUCUUUUGCUAUUACAUGAGAAAAUGGAUGAACCCGCACAAAAUUGUUGCUUGAAAUUAACAAUUGUGUAUUCCACCAGCAAUAGUAUUUCGAUGAAGCAUUUAUAAAAAUAAC